AAGCAGGUGGUGUGGUUUAGGACCCAGCAGGCAAAAUCUAUCAAUUGGUUAGGGUUUGGGAAUAGGAGGAGGGGGUCUAUGAAGGUUGCUGUGGAGAGGCUGUCAGUCAGAGAGUAUGCAAGAGUGUGUGUGAAUGUGUGUGUUGUGGGGGGAGUGACUGCGGUGGGCAGUGUCAGUUAACAAUUCACACCAUCAGGGGGAGAUAUUUAACUUGCAGUGAAGGGGAAGAGCACAGCACAUUAAGGAAUGAGUAGCAGUGGAGGACACACACUCUUCUACAAGCUCUGCAGACAGAAGGGUGAGAGACAAGCACCUAAGAGGACUCCCCCCCCCCCCAUAGGAACCUGCAUGAAUGCACAAAGCAAACACUGGACAGCACACUUGUUGGGGACGUCUCAAGCAUCUUCAGUGCCCGUAACCUGCUACUUCUCAGCUCCCAUCUGGUCCCUGCAGAAUCUCGGAGACAAGACCCUGGGGCCAAGCACUGAGGGAGACCAGAAUGGUGUCAUUUAAGGCUCUCGAUGGUCUGCAUCUGGAUAUGAGACAGAGUACGGCAAUGUGAUACCAUGCUGAAUUAUACAAGGGGGUCUUAAUCUGUACUCCUCCUCCCAGUCGGCACCAGCUCAUUUGCACCCAAAGAGCAUUCUUAGCUCGCAAAAAAAGAAGAAAAAGAGCAGGAGCUUUGCUUUCAAAGGGACUCCCCUCCACACACAGGCUGCUCCAUGUGUAUAGUGUCUGUUCUCUCUGCCUUUUCAUCUGCUCCUAAAAAAGAAAGAAGACUCGCUAGCCUUUCCACAAAAGCGGGAGCCAAGGAGCUGAUUUUCACACAGCAGAAUACCCAGGAUAAUAAAGCUCCGCACGCAGCAGCCCCUUCUGCAUAAAUGAGUGGCUGAAAAUAAAGGCAACAGAGUGAAAGCAUCACCCGAGAAGAUGAAGCCUUAUCCUUCUGUAAGUUUGGAGAUCUUUUGGGAUUUUGGGAGAGCCUAGCAAGGCAAAUCUGAUAUAUUAUUGUUGUAUUUGCUUAAGGAGUGGGGGAGAUUUUCUUUCCCCAGGCUGUAAAUGGUUCAGAAAUCGAACUAAAGGGAUUGUACAUUUUUUUAAAGGAGAUAAAAUCGAUUUGUACAGCGGAUUUAUUAUUUUUUUAAUUGCUUGGGCUCUGGUUUGAUACCAGGCUGUGUCACAAUGUCUAGACAAGUUAUCCUGGAUGUCACCAUGGGGAUGGAGAAUAGUCCUCUGUGAAUCUGCACCCCCCCCCCAAAAGGGGGCAAAUGAAAAGCUGGAUAAAGGGGUCGAAUAUCAUCUUUCCCCAUGUGAUUCUCCGUUACUUACUGACACAGCUACCUCUCUGUGAGUAACUUCCUGGCUCCACAAGGCUGUGGAUCACAUACAGUAUAUCCAUCUGUGUGUGAGUGUCACAUAAACCACUGGUCUAUUUAAAGCAUCUUCUCUGGACUUUGUAUCUAUUUCGGAGCUCUGCAAAAAGCAGGCCGGGGAGAAUAUAAGCAUUUUGUGUUUUGGGAAGAAUCCCUUUUUUUUCCCUUUUACCAGAACCUACAUGUUCCACCGGCUCCCCUGUAUUUGAAAACCUGCUUGUGGAUUAUAAGCGUUCGUUGGAAUCUAACGAUCUGUAAUUAUCGAUUAAGAGGCGGGAGGGGUGGGAGAACCUUGUUCUUCAUUGAAGGGGGGUUGAACAUCAUGAAGAGGAUAAAUCUGCCUGAGGCUUUUUUGCUUUGCUUGUGGCUCUUUCUGGUUCAACAUCAGGGGUGCUGUCAGCCUUAUCUCAGGCUUAGACCCUCUCCGAGUGAAAAUUUACCUGUAAAGGACAUCAUUGAACACCCAGACCCAGAGCAAGACCCAAAGGAGCAGGAUCUGGAUGAGCGGACAUUGAGGAAGAAGCUUGGUAGCAACUUUGACCCUAAUUUUAUGUCAGUGGUUUUGCCCAACAGCGUCAACACAUCCACCCAGGACUCAUUGACUAAAAUGAAAACCCUUGGCUCUAUCCCUUUGGAGCUGAAGAAACUAGACCUGAGUGAGACACCGUAUGGUGACAGGAUCAGGAUGGGCAAGAAGGCCCGUAGGAAGUUCUUGCAGUGGUUGUGGGCUUACACUUACUGCCCAGUGAUGUACACCUGGAAGGACUUGGGGGUCAGGUUCUGGCCAAGGUUUAUCAAGGAGGGACAUUGCUUCUCAGAAAAGUCUUGUUCCUUUCCAGAGGGCAUGUACUGCAAGCCCAUAAAGUCAGUCACAAAGACCUUUUUAAGAUGGUAUUGCCAGGGAUGGACUAGGCAGAAGUAUUGUACGUGGAUUCCAGUUCAGUACCCUAUCAUUUCAGAGUGUAAGUGUUCAUGCUAACUGCUGGUACCCAAAAAAAUUAAAAGACUUAAAGAAAUGGGAAUGGGGGCAAUGUUUAACCUCUACUGCUGACAGGCAAGCAACAUGGUGCAUUACUGCCACUGGCAACUGGGUAUGGAAACAUUUGCAAUGGACAAACUCUAGACGUUGAACCGUUGGGUGGCAGAAGACUAUGUAGAUGGGGACAUACCCAUAACAUGUUCAUUGCUUGGCAGUGAAGUCACAGAUGUAGAUGUAUUUAGCCUCUUUGUUCACUAAGAGGGAGAAAAAUAAUAAAUUAAGCUUCUGCUUUAUCUUGGCUUUAACAGACAAGUCAUAAAAUAUUUAAAGAAAUGACCCUAUCCAAGUAUCCCCCACAAGCACUGUUGACAAAUAUAACUAAUGAUAUUAUUAUUAUUAUUGUUAUUAUUUUUAUUGCUAUGUAUUUUAUUUUUGCUGCUUAAUUAAGCACCCAGAGCUAAGCACCUCCAAUCAGAUGUUUUAUUUUUAUAUAUAACAUAGCUUUUUAACAAAAAAAAAAUGGAAACCGUGUGAGCAAAAUGGAAAAAAAGGGAAUAUAAAACCGUCACCACCUUUUUGUAAAUAAAUAGAUUCUUUUUUGGAAGACACAAAAGAUAAAAAUGUUGUAAUUGUCUCUUUGUUAGCUGAGUCUUUUGGUGAGGGGUGCACGGGUCAUUUGUAUUUUAUGAGGCAUAUGGACCACAGUUUUAAUCUAUCCCAAUAUGAAGAGAUGGGAGGAAGCACUUUCCCUUUAAUUUAACCCUGUGCUGCCAGGAAGCAUCUAAAAUAUAUUUCACCCCAGUCAAAAAUCUUCACAGCAGUGUUCUGGUGAGUUCAUCAUCGAAAGCUGGUUUUACCGAGACUUUUUUUUUUCAUUAAUAUUGCAGAAAUCAUGAGAUUGUUUUUUUAAUUAUUAUGGAGUAAUAACUCUCAAAAUAAGUAUGAAUGUUCUAAAAAGAUUUUUUUUAUAAGAGUGACAUUUUCUUCCUUGUAUUAUACAUAGGUUUUUAGAGGUCAAACAAGAAUAUCUUUGUAUAAACUUAUUUAUUUUCAUCGUUUGUGUAUUGUAAAAGAAAAAAAAAAAAAAACGCUAGUUAAUUAUCACAGACAAAUAUUGGUCAAGUUUACUUGAAUAUUCCAUU